AUGCCCACUCAAAACCAUGAGAAACUAAUGCUUGUCUCUCAAAAUUACGACCACACGAUAGGCAGGAAGAUGUUGGAGAUCGCACUGACCGCCUCCAAUGAGGAGCAACGAAAAUGGGCCACAAGAUUUGUGGAGGUCUUGCUAUGUUGUGAUGAAUGUGAGUUUUGGGCCGGAAAUAAAAAAAAAAUUUUUUUUCCGAUUUCAAUGUCGUGUUUGCAUUUCCAGCCGAUCCAGCUGACCGUAAAAUGGACUGGGCAAUAAGUUUGCUGAUCAACCAACUGGUCGAUCCGUCCCCGAAAGUGCAACGAUCCGCCUUGUUGGUUCUGUUCAAAUGGCUCCCAGUAAGUCUAAAAUGCGCUUAAAAUUGUGGCCUUAUUUUGUUCAGAAAUACCCAAAAAAGUCCGGAUUCUUGGAGCACAUUCGUAUUAGCGAUUUUGGAGAGGCCGGCGAAUUGCUUGAGGCCGUUUUUAUGGCCGAUGAGGAAGUGGUGAAAAAGGAUCAAAAAAGAGCAAAAGACGCAAUUUCAAGGUGGAUGAAGGUGAGAAACGGGGAUGAUAAGUCGUUAAAAGAGCUUUACGAUAAGUUUUGGAAAGAAAAUUUGAUUGCCGGAGGCAUAUUUUGCAAGAAAUUUUAGAUUUUUUGAUUAAAAUUGGGGUUUAAAGGGAAAAAGUGUAAAAUACGAAAAUUAUACGUUAUCUUUGGGGUUGAUGGUGAUCUCUGAGCCUCUAGAUCUUUAUGUUAUAAAAAAUCAUUAUUGAAGCUGGCGUAUUUUACUCUGAAAUUGAGAUUUUUUGUUAAAAACGGGGUGUUUUUAGGGAAAUUGGAUGACAAAUGAAAUUUUCGCCUAUAACCCGUGGAUUUUUUGAUCAAAACUGUAGUCCAGACGGUCAUUGUUUGGUUAGGUAUUAAUCUCGCCAUCUUUCAGGGAUUCGCAAGCCAGUACGUCCGUAUUUUCGAAGACGACCUCCUCUUAGCUAUGGGGUUCCCGAAAAGAAGUUUGGACUACGGAUUUGCAAGGCACAGCACGAUUCAACGCAAGUAAGUUGCAUGGAAAUUACUAUAGGUUCUUUAGAGUACCAGCCCAUAUGAUUGUCCCAUGCCAUUUGUUCGACUCACUAACCCAACAUCAAUUUGGACUUCGGUUAUUGGUCGAAUCUGAUGCACGCCAAUUUAUUUUCUUCUACAAAAAAUCAAAAAAAUAAUUCGUGUCAAGUGUCUCCCUGGCCGGUUUGGUCAAGUGUUUCCCUCCGUAAAACACCUACCGUAUCUUGGCAGAAAAAAAGUCAAUCAUCGCAGAAAUUGCACAAAGUAAAGAAGAAUAACAGACAAAUCGAAAAAUGUACACUCAAGACAGAAAAAAAAAAAAUCUCUGCCAUAUUUGGCGGCAUCUUUAAUGUUUACCGCUGGAGUAAGGUAAUUUAUUUCGUUCAUAGCAUUUUUUUGAGGCUCCGUACCUUAACUUUUGAGUCUAUAGAAUUGUAGAUUUUUUCAUGCUCUAUCAGAUGGGCAUAGUUUUUUUAAACUUUUAGAGAAGCCGCGGGUGUUACAAGUCAAAAAUUGUGAAAUUUUGAAUUUUUCCAGAUGAGUUUUAACUUAUUCUCGCAAUCUGAGAGCGGAAUCAGCUUCGCAAGGAAUACCAGCAUAGACAGGAAGAGACAGCGGGAUCUGAGGCUCCAGAAAAUGCGUGAAUCCAAGCGCUUGAAGCAAUUGACCGCCGACCAGGACGAUUCUACAGUAACCCAAAAUAAUGGAAAUUUCACCUUUUCCACCAAUGAGGUAUGUUUUUUCUCUGAGAUUGCUUCUGUUUUUAGAUAUUACAUAGAAUCUAACGUGCGCUUUCAAAUGCCGUUGAAAAUUCGAAAAUCGGCAGCGUACUUUUUGAGAAAAACGGGUUCAAAAUAAGGGUCCUAAGGGCAAAAAAAUGGAAACUUCGAGUUUUCAUGCUGUUUUCGCUUUCAGAACGCUCUAAAUGACAUCACAAAUGCUUCGGUCACUCCAAAAAGGACUCCCACGUCUCGAAUGAAUGGUCAGCGUGAACGGGCGGCCGUGGCAACUGCCUCAGGAAAAAAAGUUCGGGAACUCACGGAAGAAGUGGAAAAACUGCAAAAAAAAGUUGAUGAUCUGACGGAAAUUCACGCUCAUGAUAUGUGGCGAAUUAAAGAAAUGGCAGACGAGAUAAAAAAGUUAAGAAAAAAAUUAGACAGUCGUCCAGAAGAACAAAAAAAUCGUAAAAAAGUUGAGGAGUACCGGUCACCGGGCUACCAAAAAAACAUAAUAAAAAAAUUGGAGACUGAAAAGCUUGGAGAAUCGUUUAAAAUUGUGCCAAAAGACGGUGAAAUGGAAAAAAAAAUUUCCGAUGAUGACGCAAUCGCACUGCGAGCAGCAGCCGGUUUAACGGACGAUCAGUACCGAAAAUGUCAAAUGUUAUCCGGAAAGGAAUGGCCCAAACUCUACGCAAUGAGGGAUCUGGAAGACAAAAGAGUUGAAGCUGCUGGAGGCGUAUCAAACUUCGAAUAUGUAAACUCGGAAGGCAGAAAAAUCCCGAUGAUCUGGAGAACCGAACCAGCCAAAGUUUUCGAAGCCUACGUCAAGUCACUGGCAAAAAACACGUGGAAUGGCGUCAUCCCAAGUGAGUUACACCUUGUUUUAUCGGGAGACAAAGGCGGAGACAACCAAGCUGAGUGGUUUAAGUUGGGAUGGUCUAUCCCAACGAACGUUCCAAAGCCGCAAAGCCCGACGAACUACGUAGUUAUGGCCAUGUACAACGCAAAAGAAGAGUCAAAGGAGCUUGUUGGAAUUGCUGGUAAGAGUUAAUUCAAGUCUUUGAAUUCGCUUAUAGGUGAAAGUUAUUUCAACUUUGCGAAUUCGAUUGUUAAUGCCGGUGGUUACGAAAUGGAUGGCCAGUGGAUUGCCGUAAAAGUCCUCUGGGUAUCGGAUUUGAAGAUGAUUCCCGUCGUUCUGGACGUUCCACACACAUCUAGCAACGACUUUUGCCCUAUUUGUGUGUGCAAACGCAAACCAGUUCGAGCCGCACCACAGUUUCGACCAUAUCGAAUAUAUUCCGACGACCGCCUGCUUCAGAUAGAACCCGAAAAUCUCGUUAUACCACCUCUACAUGUAUUACAUGGAAUGGUAAACACUGCAUUAAACCAGUUAAGGACAAGACGCAACGUGAUGUAAUGCUUAAAAAAACUGGUUGUCUGGUCGGCUACCGGCAAAGCUCGUUGAUGGAUGGAAGAAAUGGUAGCCGAUUCCUAAAGUGGGCCGUUCAAAAUCCAGAAGAAGUUCCAGAAUAUCAAGCGGUAUUCGCAGCACUUCAUGAAGUACAGAAAUGGGCGACUGCGGAGGAUUACGCAAUCGACUAUGACGCCUUUGAUGCACUAACCGCAGAUAUUGAAGCGUUUACAACUGCAUGGAGGCGCCACGGAUUGCCCACAACCAACAAGUUCCAUUUGCUCGAAUCUCACGCCCGGGACUUCAUUGUCACCUAUGGCACGUGGGGAAAAUUUGGUGAACAGUGCUUGGAAUCGAUGCACCACGUCGGAAAUAUUCUUUCUGAACGCUGCUUUGGAGUCAAUACUCCAGAUAAGGCCCGACAGUUCUUCAUGAGGCGAAAUUUUUUAACCGCCACCAGCAAUACCAGUCAAUUUCAACCAAAGUCCAAGCCAAACCGCUCAAGACUUAGUCAAUCCAGCAAAUCCAGUCAACCAAUCUACGAGUACAAUGACGACAGUGAUAUUGACGUUACAUCUUAAUUAUAUUUUCCCAUAUUUACCUCAUAUUUACCUGUAAAUUUAAAGAAUUAUCAAUAAAAAUGAAAAAAAAUCUCAAAUUUUACCUUUAUUUAUUACGCAACAGCUGCCAUGAUGCGGUGGUACAGUCCCCUUUUCCGAAAACACAUAAAAUUCUACACUAACUUCUCUUUUCACCGGUUGUUUUCACCCAAAAAAGAUUUUUUGUCGUUUUCGUAUAAAAUGGCAACCAACAUUUUCACAAAGCUCGGGCGCAGCUCACAAAAAUAGUUUUUGAAGAAAAUAAAUUGGCGUGCUGAUGUUUUACAUCAGCUGGGCACGAUUUUGAGGAGGAAUUUGAGAAUCGCCGAUCUGGAUGAGUUGAAUGGGGCGUUGUUAUCGCUGGGUAACAUCAUUGGCAAUUUGGAAGAACGUAAGAAGGGAUUUGAUGUUGAAGCCAGGGCGCAGCUUGCGAAUAAAAAAAUCGGCUUUGAAGCUAAAGGUUGCAAUGAAAAAUUAUAUUUUGGGCAUGAGAGGUUUGGAAAUUAUCGAAUUAAACCGAUUGCUUAAAAUUUGUAGCCAAUUUUAGUUGUAUGCCCGGGCGCAGCUCGCCGAAAUAGAAUUUUUUUAGAAAGGCGCAGAGAUUUAUUCUAUUGGCAUGUAAUCGUAUCUGGUUAAGUGUGUAAAAUACGAUAGUUAUUCGUUCCCGUUAUUUUUUCGAUAUUAGACUGGACGCAGCUCGCCGAAAAAAAAUUAAAAUUUUUACCGAUUUUUUUAUUUUUCGUUUUUUAGAUGACCUCCAAGGAAUCGUUGAGCCAGACACAGUCCAAAAAAUUGUAUUUUUGGCCGAGAACUGCCCGCAUUUACAUGUCCGCGGAGUGGCAUUCAUGGCCAUAAAUUUGAUUGCCAAAUCGGAAUAUGGAACCCAAAAAUUGAUCGAAGCCGAAUGGGAAGUUAACAGAAGACCUGAAAUGCAGACUUUGUACGAAAUGAAGAAACGAAAUGAGCAUUUUGGAAUUUUGGAAAGUCCAAAAUUUGAACCGAAGUUUCAAAAAGCUCCGAAGAAGAAUUCAAGUCCGUCGUUGAGUCCGAAAAUGCGACCAGCACGGUCGGAUUCAAUGUUUAUGAGGGCUGGAAAUGAAGCAUUGGCUGCGUUGAGAGCGAAGUAAGUAACUUUUGAGGGGGUUUUUUGCGACUUUUGAACAGUUUUGGGCAGACAUGGCAAAAGGGGCCGGGCCCGGGGCCCUUCGGGCCCCAGGCCCGGCCCCCGAAAAGUUGGGCCCGGCCCGGCCCUUUUCAAAAUUUUCAAAGCCCGGCCCCGGGGCACCUUCGGCCCGGCCCGGCCCGGCCCUGAGGGGUCUUACGGCCCGGCCCGGCCCUCAAAGGUCUUAAAGCCCGGCCCGGCCCGGCCCUUUUUUUCAUUACUCUAAAUUUUGCAUUUUGAUUGCUAUUUUUUUGUUUUAAGAUGUUACCACGAAGUUUUCGGUGUUUUACUUGAUACAAACGGCCAGCGGUUUCUUUAUAGGACCAAUAAUGAUGAAUAAUUGGAGAAUUUUUAUCCAGAUGUCAUGGAUAAUAUAAUUUACCUUCUCAAAUGCUAUGCAUUGGUUUUUCCUGGAGUCUGGCGAUGGAUUUGACAAUCAAAUGGCCUGUCUGAUGUUUUCAAUUUACUUUCACGACCUUCUUACCUGUGAUUCAAUUUUCCAUCUUCCAAAAAAUCAUCAAAAAUCUCAAAAACGUGUAGAAAACAUGAAUAUUAUUUUUAAAUCAUCAAUCUUCUUGUGGUUCUUAUAUUCUUAUUACAUUUCCAACAUGUCAACACUUCUUACGCCGCUCAAUUCGUCCUAGUUCGGACGAAAUCAUCAUGGAUAAUAUCGGGGAAAACUCAGAAAAUCGUCCAAAAAUCAAUAUCAAGCUUCAGAAAUAGUUCUAAGUUUCACAUAUUCUCAUUCCCCAAGGACUGCUGGACAUUUUCCACUAAAAAUUAAAAUUUUGAUUUUUCUACAGUAAUCCAUCUACUACGGUAACUCAUAGUAUGAUGGACGGAAAAAUUUAAAAAUUUGCACAGAGAAUUUUCAUGCCGUGAGUUAUAAUUUCGCCAAGUUUCAUCCAAAUCCAUGGACCGCUACCAGAGUUAUUGAAGAUUAUAUUUUCCAAAAACUCCUUUUUUGAACCUUCAAAAUCGGUUUUUCAUCCUUAUAGUAACUACUGGGCACAUUUUGGAAACCAUAUCUCAGGCAUAAGUUGACCGAUUUUUUAUUUUUAAAAAGUAUUUGGACUAAUUCGAGUACUGCGAGCCAAGUUAUGACGUUAGUUUUUGCCCUAAGGGGUCAAAUAUGGCCAAAAACACAAUGCUAAAAUAUUGCCAAAAUGGCGGGAAACGGUGUUUUUGAUCGAAUUUGAGCGGAUUUUUGUGUGUUAUGGCUUUUGUAUAUACUCAAGAUCUUAUGCUUUAAAUGUUGUAUUUUUCAUGGCAGGUUGAGGGUGUUUCAUGCUGAAAGUUCUAAUCUCAGAUUUUUAAGCAGAAAGUGGAAUAUCUCACCACGUUGGAACGUUAAAAAUAAAAAAAUAACGCGAAUGUGCUGCUCAGACACUUCUUCAACUUUUUUAAUCAUGUAACCGCCAAGAUCCGUUCAAAGAAAAACUUUCCCGCCAUUUUGGCAAUAUUUUGGCAUUGUGUUUUCGGCCAUAUUUGACCUCUUAGGGCAAAAACUAACGUCAUAACUUGGCUCGCAGUACUCGAAUUAGUCCGAAUACUUUUUAAAAAUCAAAAAUCGGUCAACUUAUGCAUGAGAUAUGGUUUCCAAAAUGUGCCCAGUAGUUACUACAAGGAUGAAAAACCGAUUUUGAAGGUUCAAAAAAGGAGUUUUUGGAAAAUAUAAUCUUCAAUAACUCUGGUAGCGGUCGAUGGAUUUGGAUGAAACUUGGCGAAAUUAUAAUUCACGGCAUGAAAAUUCUCUGUGCAAAUUUUUUAAUUUUUCCGUCCGUCAUACUAUGAAUUACCAUAGUAAAUGGAUUACUGUAGAAAAAUGAAAAUUUUCAUUUUUAGUGGAAAAUGUCCAGCAGUCCUUGGGGAAUGAGAAUAUGGGCGACUUAGAACUAUUUCUGAAGCUUGAUAUUGAUUUUUGAACGAUUUUCUGAGUUUUCCCCGAUAUUAUCCAUGAUGAUUUCGUCCGAACUAGGACGAAUUGAGCGGCGUAAAAAGUGUUGACAUGUUGGAAAUGUAAUAAGAAUAUAAGAACCACAAGAAGAUUGAUGAUUUAAAAAUAAUAUUCAUGUUUUCUACACGUUUUUGAGAUUUUUGAUGAUUUUUUGAUUUUUUGGAAGAUGGAAAAUUGAAUCACAGGUAAGAAGGUCGUGAAAGUAAAUUGAAAACAUCAGACAGGCCAUUUGAUUGUCAAAUCCAUCGCCAGACUCCAGGAAAAACCAAUGCAUAGCAUUUGAGAAGGUAAAUUAUAUUAUCCAUGACAUCUGGAUAAAAAUUCUCCAAUUAUUCAUCAUUAUUGGUCAUAAAUUGAGCCGGUUGCCCAUUUAUAACAAAGAACAUACCAAUAUCCUUACGAAUAUACAGGUUUAAGCCAAUGGAAGGUCGGGGAUUUGUAAUGAAAAAAUAUUUUGGACAAAAUUAGUUGAAAAAUAGUGAAACACUGUUCAAAUUUGACUAAAAGUUAACUUUUAAAAACUUUUUCGAUGUAUUUUGUCAUUGCCAGUAAGGUUCUAAGUAGUAAAUGAGGUUUUCCUGUCUUACAAACCGCUUUUACUUCCAAAAACAAAAAAUUUUUUGCUCAAAACAGAAUGCCAAAAAAAAUUGGCACCCCAAUUUUUCGUUUCAAGACAAAAAUUAAAAAAAAAUUUUUUUGAAAGGGGCCGGGCCCAAAUUUUUUCAGGCCCCACGGCCCGGCCCGAAAAACCAACCCUAGGCCCCACGGCCCGGCCCCCGGAACGUUGGGCCCGGCCCGGCCCUUUUCAAAAUUUCCAAAGCCCGGCCCGGCACGUCAAGAAAAAAUAAAAGAAAAACGGGCGCCCAAUGAAAAAGCCUAGAAUUUUUUUUGGCAUUCUGCCCUGUGCAAAUCCGUUUUUGUCCAAAUGGUUUGCAAUAUUUUGACGUAAAGAUUAAUAGUAAAUCACAAGAUAUUGAUACCAAUAGAAAGCUCGAGGGCUGCUUAAGCUAAUAGAACCAAAAUAUGCCCAUAAUCGUAGUAUUUUGACAGUUUUCCAUGGCGAAGAAUACAACGUCUAAAUAAAAAUUUGUAUCGACGAUACCGAGUCAGAGAGCACUGGAAGGAGGUAUAGGCUCCACGUCAAAAAAAUCCUUAAACUGUUCUUCGAGUAUCUACACCGGUCCCGUCCCGCUUGAUGGGACAGUUUUUUUGAUAGUUGGCCUUGAAAUUUGCACUAUUUUUAGCCUAGCUCGAACCAUGUUCAGAAAAUGCGUCACGAUGAUACCCAUCUAGAAUGUACCAGCGGUAUAAAAAACAGUUGUAUACGACUAGUAGUACUCCCUAGAGUUCCCAUUAAAAAAAUUAGGUUAAAAAUUGUUGUUAUGUGCAAUUUGGAUGACAGGUUUUAUGAAUUUUUUUUCGCUGUGAGAACCUUUGCAAUGCCCGCAAUUUCUUGACGUGCCCGGCCCCCCUGCCAUGUCUGGUUUUGGGCGAAAAAUUAAAAAAUUUUUGUUAUUGUUGUAGCUUUGAAAGGAAUUUUUAUGAUUUUAGAGCAGAAAAAAAGCUCUUUGGAAAAAUUUUAUUUUUUUCUCUACCCGGAAUCGAACUCGCAAGAUUUUUCCCCAAGCUCAAUCUCACAACCACUGCGCCAUGAGCGCAAUUUUUAAUUUCGCGCGGUUUAGGAAGUAUACACGUCGGAAAAGCAGCAGCAACUCGAUGAGCACCCCACAUACCGAACAUACCCAUGAAAAUACACCAAGUAUCUUGGAGAACGACCUCUCCGAAGACACCUUCGAAUUGGACGCUGUGAGCUUUGAUUUCCAAAUCAUGAAGACCCUGAACCGAAACAAAGACGACCAUGAAAAAUACCAUGCACAUUCGGUGGUAAGAAGACGUUUGGAAUUGGUUUUAGACCUCAAUCUAUAUUCUCCACCCCAUUUUUUGAUGUUCCCAAUUUUCAGAAUUCGAAAAACAUAAUCCGACCCGAAGAUUUGGUCCCAGAAAAUUACAUGGAGACCGUGAAGUUUGCCAGAGUGGAUACAUUACCGGUUUCCGAGCAAGACACGGACAUUUGGAUCCUUUCCGACCCGGAAAAACAAUCCAUGCAACAGCUGAGAGCGUUAUUAGAUGGAAGAGAGGGGGUCUCAAGCAGUUUGAAGAGUGAUGUAGCAUCUACACGUAAGGAAUGGAACCCAGAAGAGGAUGGAAUCGCUUGCCCUGUGGUUGCACUGCCGUCCGAGCCAACAAACAUGCUAAAAGUGAGAUUUUUAGGAAUGUUUUGAGUGUAUUUAUAUUAUGAAAAAUUAAAUGUCGUGUUUUACAGUUAAAAUACGACUUUUGAAUUUUUGGUUCCGCCGGGAUCGAACCCACGACCUUUUGAUUACAAGUCUGAUUCACUACCGACUGCGCCAAAAUGGCAAAUUUUUUAAAGUUUCCAAAAGUACCAAAAAUGAUGCCCUGAGGAUAUAUAUCGUGUUUUCAGAACAUUUUCCUCCCGUAUCAGCCCGAAACGAGCCUUCAAUCCGACCCAAAUACCGAACUCAACGUCUCCGACGAAAGCCAUAACACCACCUCGUCGAUUGACAUUGUCCUGAGCAAGGGCCAUCGUCAUGAGAAAUGCUUCUAUUGUGUGACGAAGAAAAGGCCAUGGAACAUGUUCGUCAAGGUCCGAGACCCGGAGGAAUACCGGCAAAAGGAAUACGAAGAAUGUCGGGAGGAGAUUCUGAAGACAAUCGGGAUUCUCGAGCUGAGAGAACAGGUGACCACCACCCGGUUGGCAAAGUGAGUUGGGAUUUUCGGGGGAUUUGAGGGAUUGAGGGGUAAAAUACGAUGAGAAUCAUUUUUUGAAUUAAAAUUUUUUGGAGUUAGGGGCCACUUUUGAUGGUGUUUUAGAGGACCCAAGCACGGGAAAGACAAAAAAAAGUUGGGUUAG